UCUGCAGUCCGAGUCGGUAUCUCGUCCUGGCUGCAUCGGCGUGCGACGCGACGACGACAGCGACGACGACGACGACGAAGAACGUCACCGACUUUUCGGCUCACACACACACACAUACAUACACAUGUGUACAUGUACUUAUCAUAUAAGAUAUAUACGAUAGAGAAGCAGCAGCCGAUCUGCAACAACAUAAUAGCGCGUCACUCGCACAUAUUUCAAGUUACUUUACAUAUAUAAAAAGUCGUGUGCUGCUGGCUAAUCACGAAAAGUAAGCGAGCUGAGACUCGUGUUUUGUGGGUGCGUGCGUGUCCGUGCCGUUCGCGUGCCAUAAUAUAUAUAUCAUCAUCAUCAUCAUCAUCAUCGCAGUCGUACGUACAUACAUCAACACAGUGCAGAGAGACAGUCGGUUUUUAUAUACCAACGCAUAUGUGUGUAUGUAUAAAAAAAUCCAAAGUCAAGAUCUCUUGCGGGGAACGCCGCGGUUAUGUGUGCUGUUUGUCUCUCUCUCUCGUCACAUCUCUCAUCAUUCUGCGUUGAUCGCUCGAUAGUCGAUACAUGAGAGUCGAGUCUGUAUGUAGUACAGACACAUGAGUUUAAGUUUAGUGGUAUAGUGGCUUUACACGCGACGACACACCACUUAUACUAGUCCUACUACUACUACUACUACUACUACCACCACACCUUUUCCUCGAUGCUGCUGCAGUCAAGGAGGCUGGAAGCUCAUGCCCUGCGUAGCGCCUGCACCAACCGGACGACGACGACGACAAACCCCCACGAGUAUUAAUAAUUAACAAAUAAAAUAAAAUCGUGUCUGUGUGCCGCUGCUGCUGGUGCGGCUUUUCGGAGUUCCGGUGUGCCCGCGAAGACGCUCACGUAUAUGUUAUUCCUUGCGUACGUGUGAUACAGUGUUUUGGUGUGUGUGUGCGCGCGUGUAAACGUGUGAUCACCGAUCGUGUGUUAGUUUUGUGAUUUUUGAGUGUUGUACACAUAUAUAUAACCAAUAUAUAUAGUCCGCUGUUGCUGCUGCUGUUGUCCGUCUGCAUCACGUCGCGAAAGAAUACACAUAUAAAAGGUGGAGUUUUAUAGAAGAAAAAUAGUCGAGUCCCCGCUGUGCUGCGAAAAAGUUUCUUUUUUGGUGUGUAAUUGUUAACUUUGGUGUAUACACACAAGCACGCCGAAGAGGAGGAGACCGUCGUGUGUAAGGUCGCUCGUCAAACAUUUCGAAGGAAUUUCGAAGACUCCGGUUGAAAAAAACACAGAAGCGAAGCAGCACCGCACGCUGCGCACCGCACAAAUGAGGACCUCGCAAAAGAAAUCGUUCUACGUCAAGACCCUGUUCACCUAUGACCCGAACAAGGACGACGGCCUGCCGUCGCACGGCCUGGCCUUCUGCUACGGCGAGAUUCUGCACGUGACCAACGCCUCGGACGACGAGUGGUGGCAGGCGCGACGCUACACGCCCAUGGGCGAGGGCGAGCAUCAGCCCCUCGGGAUAAUACCGUCGCGCAAACGCUGGGAGCGCAAGCAGAAGGCCCGCGAUCGCCAGGUCAAGUUUCAGGGCCAGCAGGGACCCGUCAUCAGCAGCAACGAGAGGCAAUCGACGCUCGAGAGGAAGCAGAAAAAUUUCUCGUUCGGCGGCACGCUGAGAUUUCGCAGGAACAAGAGCGGCAAAUCCGACGAACAGACCCAGAGCACGGAACAAGUCAAAAAAGAAGUCGAAAGAACAGGCGUUAUUACUUCGGAAUUUCUUCCUCUAUCCGUGCUAUACGCGCUUAUCUGUGACGAACUGAAAGUCAAGGAUGAAUUAACGAAUGCUCGUUCGGAGAAGAAAAAUAAUCAAGAAUUGAACAACGACAGCGAGAACAAAAACGCCGAGGAGGAGACGGUGCUCACGUACGAGAUCAUCCAGCGAGUGACCAUACAGUACACGCGACCCAUCAUCAUAGUCGGCCCGCUCAAGGAUCGCAUCAACGAGGACCUAAUCUCGGAAUUCCCGGACAAAUUCGACAGUUGCAUACCUCAUACAACAAGAAGUAAAAGAGAAUACGAAGUCGAUGGGCGUGAUUAUCAUUUCGUUGCCUCGCGCGAACAGAUGGAGAAAGAUAUUCAAAAUAAUUUGUUCAUCGAAGCAGGCCAGUACAACGACAACAUCUACGGCACGGCGUUGGCGUCCGUGAGGAAGGUCGCCGAUCAGGGCAAACAUUGUAUCUUGGACGUGAGCGGGAACGCGAUCAAACGAUUGCAGGCGGCGCAGCUGUAUCCCAUAACGAUUUUCUUGAAACCCAAGUCCAUCGACUCCAUCAUGGAGAUGAACAAGAGGAUGGCCGAGGACCAGGCGAAAAAGGUCUACGAGCGCGCGCUGAAAGUCGAGGAGGAGUUCAGCGAGUAUCUGACGGCGGUGGUGCAGGGCGACACGCCCGAGGACAUCUACGCGAUGGUGAAGAAGGUCAUAGCCGAGCAGUCGGGCCCAACCAUAUGGGUGCCGUGCAAAGAGCAGCAAUUGUGACCGAGCUCCGACGACGACCCGGAGGAGCUGUAGAAUUUUUAAUUAAACAAAAAAAAAACCUAAAAAAUCGUCGAACUCGAUAGAACGUUAAAAAAAAAAUUCGUUAACUCGUGCCUUUUUAUAUAAAUAAUAUAUAUAUAUAUAUAUAUACAUGUAACUUGUAACACGCUGAUAUAGAUCUGAAAGGAUUAUAAAAUCAUUGAUUAGUUUUUAUGUGUUUUUAAUUUGAUUUCGUCGCAAUGUUGAUUCACGCAAUCUAUAGAGCAUCGUGUCGUAUGUGUGCGUGCGUGCGUGCGUAUGAGCGAGUGAAAGUGGGCGAGUGCGUGCGUUGCGCAUAUUUUUAUAAUAAAUGGAUAAUGCUUUUACUCUUGUUUACAGCGUCAAAAAUGUUUUUUUUUUUUUGCGUGCUCGGCGUCGACGAUCGAAAUUAUUAGUUGCGUUUACGAUUCGCGCGUUCCCGUGCCAAAAUGCGCUUUCACGAUCGUGUCUCCGUCGUACGUCGUGUAAUAAUACCAGUAUUGCUUCCGGAAUAAACAGAAGAAAAAAAGCUAAUGGAAAAAACAAAGAAAAAAGAAAACACUUACGAAAAGAAUAGAUCAAUAGUAUUAAUAACUAACGAUAACCGUUUUAAAUGAUGUUCAGUGAUUUUUGUCUUAUUAGGAAUUUAUAUAGAUUUAUUUAUAGCGAAAAAAAAGUUGAUACUUUUUUAUACAUAAACGUUUGAAAAGAAUAUAGCCCUUAAUGAAAAAUUUCCGCAAGAGCAUUUACUUGAAGAAAAAAAAAAUAUUUACUUUGUAAAUAGCUAUUUAAUGUUUAGCUAGGGGUGAUAAAAAUGAAUAACUUAUAAUUGUAAAUGUAAAUAAGCAAUUAAAUGUAAAUUGUACAAAGCUAAUUUGUAAAGAAUAGAGAAUUCUAUUUGUCUUGAAUAUUGUUGGCGCAAAUCUGUAUAUUUGUUUCGGCAUCUGGCGAAGUUUUUUGACAAGCAGAUGGAGGGACAAGAAACUAUAUUUUAACUACGAGAAUGAACAAUUAAUUGUAUUUAUUGACAACAAGCAGGAAAAAAAAAACACUUUAUUUUUCGUGUCUUA